GCAGCCUUCAUCUGAAUACCCCUCUCAGAGACAGCGUGCCAUUGUCCAAACUUUCUGGCAGCAAAGUCUAUCUAAAACUUGAUAAUGCUCAGCCAACAGGUUCUUUCAAGAUUCGUGGCAUCGGACAUCUGUGCAAGACGUGGGCAGAACGUGGCUGUACUCAUUUUGUGUGCUCCUCAGGUGGUAAUGCUGGCCUGGCAGCUGCUUACAGUGCCCGCAUGCUGUCAAUUCCUGCCACCAUCCUUGUCCCUACCACUACUCCAGCCUUUACCAUUCAGAGGGUUAAGGAUGAAGGAGCAACAGUAUGCGUAGUGGGUGAGAUGCUGGAUGAGACGAUUGAGCAUGCUAAAGAGUUGGUGAAUAAUAACCCAGGAUGGGUGUAUAUCCCCCCAUUUGAUGAUCCUUUAAUAUGG